CCUUAAUCUACGGAACAGCAUCCGGUGAGCCAUAUUCUUCUCGGACUUUGCACCCCGCAGAUGCAGUGAGUAUCAUUAUAAAAGAAUGGUUUUUGAUGCAAGAAGUCCCUGCGGUAUUCGUUUCUGUGGAGCCGGAGGCCGCAAUACCCCAGCAUUAUGUUCAACAAUUCCUUGGCUACAUACGCCAAGCUAUUCGCCGCCGCCUGAAUGCCUUCGAUUCAAUCCAUAUUCCUCAAAUCAAUUCGCUCGCUUGUGUUGCCGUCUCCAGGAUCCUGUCAAUUUAGGUGGAGUCACUAGAUGUUCUGGUUGAUUCCUUUGGAAUUUUACAAGCAUUGGUGUUUCUUUUACUAUGCUAACCCAUCCGAUCGUAUUUUGAGUUAUCAAGUUUCGACCGACGAAGGCGUUCGCCAGGGUCCAUGUGUGAGUUGAGUUACCCAACAUACAAUACUAAACCAACAGACAAGGAUGAGGCUUUCCACGAUUUGCGAGAAGAUAAAGUAGAUCUCGCAGACCUUCCUCUUCAGAUCAACUUUAGCGAGACGCAAUCAUGCAAGACGCAAAUGUGGGUAUGACAGUGCCUCAACAAAGAGGUUGAGAUGCAGCAGUUUCAUGCAAGCCUAAGAGAGGGACCGGCUAUACGGUUCUGCUAAAGUUGGAACGUCUUAUCCCACAUUUUAGAGUGACAGCCUUGUUCCGAUUGGAUACAAACGACGUCACAGCUUACAUCAAUGGGACUGAAGUCUCCUUUGGCCGGGAAAUCAAAUCCCUAUGCCCAUGUUCCCGAGCCAGGAACCGAAUUUCAAUCCUAGCAGCCAAGACUCUUUCUUUUCAGGAUGUGAUGUAGCUGAUGGUGAAUUUGCAGGGGAAAUAAAUCUGUCAAGCGCCUUUGAAUGUAGAUCUCAACCCCAGAAUGCUUGGUCUCCGACAUUCCCACAGCGUUGCAACGACGUGGCUGCUUCGUAUUACUCGAUGUCGACGCUCAAUGUCGUAACUGAUGUUAUCAUUCUCGUUAUGUCUCUGCCGACAUUAUCCAAACUACAAAUCAACGCGCGAAGAAAAGUGGCCUUGAUCGGCAUCUUCUCGACUGGCGGAGUUGCGAUUCUUGCUUCGUAUUUACGAUUUUAUGCCCUGCAUGUUUACGCUAUCACGAAAGACCCUUCAUACGAUGCAAUCUUCAACCUGGCAAUCAUCUCAGCAUCUGUUCCUGCCCUACGACCGCUUCUCAAAAAGACUUUCGCAGGUUCUUCCGAUCGAUCGAAAUACGCACAAGCAUACGGAUAUGUACAGAGCAGUCAACUUGGAGGUACACGAGGAGCAGUCGAGCUGCGAUCUUAUACUGGGAAAAAUGAGACAAUGGUCAAAACAGCUAUGGAUGGCAGUAGUAGUCAGGAACAUAUUCUCGAAGAUGGUGGGGAUCGUGGAGGCAUCAGGAAGACAGUAGAGACUAGUGUGUCCCGUGAAGAGUACAGGCAAGCUCUAUAG